GAGCUCCCUCUAUAUGUAUUGAUGAAGGAAACUAUUUGGUUUGCAGGAGGUUUCAACAGUGAAUGAAAGAAGAUCAGAGCAAGGGUAAAAGAUAGACAAGACAUGGAGAGAAAAACCUUUGGGCUUCUGUUUUUACUGCUCAUUUUCAUUGCUUCUCGAGAGAUGGUGCUGCGUGCAGAGGCAAGGGUUUGCGAAUCCAAGAGCCAUGGGUUUCGGGGUAUGUGCGCGAGAGACCACAACUGUGCUCUGGUAUGCAGGAAUGAAGGUUUCUCGGGUGGCAAUUGCAGAGGAUUCCGUCACCGCUGCUUUUGCACUAAGCUUUGUUGAUCCUACUCGAUAAUAUGAAUAAUGAUCAUCUCUUCUAUUUUUAGGAGAGUUGUCGUGCUAGCUAGCUUGUCUCUUUCUUUGAAUUUAGGGUCAUAUUGUCGUGGAACUUGCUCAGAAAAACGAGACAAGCAUUAACUGUUUUUGGCAAUAUCGUUCUUGUUUAAUAUAGACCUCUAGGCUUGGCUUUAAGAUCAGAAUAAUGUAUCUUUUGCAAUAUCUUUCAGAAGCAAGAUCCCACUGUUCAUGUCAUGUGUGUUCUUAGCGUACGUAAUGAGUUUUCUUUUAAGUACUUAAUUACUAUUUUCCA